AUGCUCUCUGAACCUCUGAGCAACUGCAACAUGUCGGCGGCCGAGAUGGCCCUAUCGAGACGGCCGCCAAAUCCCCCUCCUUCGCCUUCCUUGUCUCCGUCUAAGUCCGUGCAAAAUCUGCAAUGUCUGCCCCUUUUGAGUUACAAAUCGGCGCUGGCAGGAUCACCGGGGAAAUCUCCGUCCAAAACCCAGGCGUGGACAUUCAUUAGCGAACACGACCUGCAAGUUGGCCUUUACCAGGGAGAGCCGAAAGUAAAAGUCUCACCGCAACUUAAGGAACGCCUCUGUAUUCCUUGGAAACGCACUCUGGUAGCUCAUCUUCUAGGCCGGUCUAUCUCCUACCAAUACAUGUGUUCGCAGCUACGCUGGAAGUGGAAGCCCAGUGGGAAUAUGGAGAUCCUUGAUCUCAACAACUCUACCUUUCUGGUUAAUUUCAGUGAGGAGAAAGACUACCUCAAUGCACUUACUGGCGGGCCUUGGGUGAUCUUGGAUCACUACUUAGUUGUCCAUCAAUGGUCGCAUACCUUCCGCACAUCGGAUAAACCCCAUCGGUCGGUGGUAGCUUGGGUCCAGCAACUAGAGCUUCCGAUCCACUUCUACCAUAGGGAAGUGCUCUUCGCGUUGAGAAAUCUGUUGUGA